GAGUGAAGAAGAUGAAGAGUCCUCACAGCUUCAUCAAACACAGACCGAACAGAUGGAAACAGAAGCUGGUGGAGAGGACUGUGGAGGACCAGAACCAGACAGGAACUCUCAUCCAGAUAACAAGGCUGGAGACUCUUCUGAACCUGAGACUGAUGACAGUGCUGAUUGGAAGGAGACCAGAGAACAUCAGUCGGGUUUAAACUCUCUGAGAAAUGAUGAUGUCAGUGAUUUGAGAUGUUAUGCUGGUGAGAAACUAUGUAGAUGCUCUGAAUGUGGGAAAAGAUUUGGCCGGAAGGGAAAUCUUAAGAGACACAUGAGUAUUCAUACAGGAGAGAAACCUUUCUCCUGCCCAGUUUGUAAGAACUCUUUUAAACAGAGUGGUUGCUUACAGAGACACAUGAGGAUCCACACGGACAAGAAACCUUUCAGAUGCACAGUGUGUGGGAAAGGAUUCUUUGGAGAUCUAGAUCUAAAGAGACACAUUAGAACUCACACAGGAGAGAAACCAUUCAGUUGCUCUGAGUGCGCGCAAAGAUUCUUCCUCAAGGGAAGUCUGAAAAGACACAUGAGAUCUCAUACAGGAGAAAAAUCUUUUAGCUGCUCAGUUUGUGAGAAAUCGUUUACAUGGAGAGGAAAUUUACAGAGACACAUGAACGUCCACACAGGUGAGAAACAGUUUAAAUGCUCAGUGUGUGGGAAAAGAUUUACACAGAAGGUACAACUGAAGCAACACAUGGCAGUUCACGGAGAAGAAAAACCUUUCAGCUGCACAGUGUGUGGUAAAGGUUUUUUUCAAAGUAAUAAAAUGAAGAUACACAUGAGAACUCAUACAGGAGAGAAACCGUAUAGGUGUUCCAUUUGUGGUAAAAGGUUUUCAAUAGCGGGAAAUUUGGCACAGCAUAUGAGCAUCCACACAUCAAGGAAACGGUUCAGCUGCGGUGUUUGUGAGAGAAUGUUUAACUGGCCUCAUCAGCUCAGGAACCAUAAAUGUGUUGGUGGUCAGUCCUCAGAGCUUCAUCAGAGUCAAACUGAGGAGAACAGAGAGUCAGAGCCUCCAGCCAGCAGCUCAACUGAACAGAUAAAAACAGAAGCUGAUGGAGAGGACUGUGGAGGACGAGAACCAGACAGGAACUCUGAUCCAGAUCCACAUUUACAACCUGAUCAUGAUGGGAAGACUGGAGGCUUUUCUGAACCUGAGACUGAUGAACCUCAGUCAGGUGAUGAAGUCCCUGUUGGUGACUCAACAGGUAGUGCUGAGGACAAACCAUUUAGCUGCUCUGAGUGUGGGAAAAGAUUUGAUCGUAAGGGAAAUCUGAAAAGACACAGGAUCACUCACACAGGAGAGAAACCGUUCAGCUGCUCAGUCUGUAAGACAACAUUUUCACAGAGUGGAAGUUUGCAGAGACACAUGAGCAGCCACACAGGAGAGAAACCGUUCAGCUGCUCAGUGUGUGGGAAAAGAUUCACACUGAAGGGACGACUGACACAACACAUGGCUGUCCACGGGGGAGAAAAACCUUUCAGCUGCUCAGUGUGUGGUAAAGGUUUCCUUCAAAGUAGCAAAAUGAAGAUACACAUGAGAACGCACACAGGAGAGAAGCCAUACAGUUGCUCAAUUUGUGGUAAAGGUUUUAAAAUAGCGGGAAAUUUGUCACAACACAUGAUCACCCACACAAGAGAGAAACGAAUCAGCUGCAGUGUUUGUGACAAAAUGUUCAACUGGCCUCAUCAGCUUAAAAGACAUAAAUGUGUUAGUGGUCAGUCCUCACAGCUUCAUCUAAGGAAAACUGAACAGAUGGAAGCAGACGCUGGUGGAGAGGACAAGACUGGAAACUCCCCUGAACCUGAGACUAAACACAGAAAACCUCAGUCAGGUAAUGAAGUCCCUGUUGGUGACUCAACAGGUAGUGCUGAGGAGAAACCAUUUAGCUGCUCUGAGUGUGGGAAAAGAUUUGAACGCAAGGCAAAUCUGACGAGACACAUGAUGACUCAUACAGGAGAGAAACCUUUCAGCUGCUUUGUUUGUAAGAAAUCCUUCUCACAGAAUGGAAGUUUACAGACACAUCUGACAACCCAUACAGGAGAGAAACCGUUCAGCUGCUCUGAGUGUGGGAAAACAUUUGGCACCAGUGCGUAUCUGAAGAGACACGUGUUAAUACAUGCAGAGGAGAAACCUUUCAGCUGCUCAGUGUGCGGGAAAGGUUUCACUCAGAGUAGACACCUAAAGAAACACUUGAGGACUCACACAGCGGAGAAACCUUUCAGCUGCUCAGUGUGUGGGAAAGGUUUUAUACAAAAGGAAAAUCUGACUAAACACUUGGCAGCUCACACAGGAAAGAAACUCUUCAGCUGUGGUGUUUGUGCCAAAGUGUUCAUCUGGUCUUACAACCUCAAGAGACAUAAAUGUGUUGGUGGUCAUUCCUCACAGCUUCGUCAGACUCAGACUGAGGAGAACAGAGAGACAGAGCCUGAUGGAGAGCACUGUGGAGGACCAGAACCAGACAGGAAGACUGGAGUACAAACUUAAACCAGUUUGAUUUUAUUAACCAGCCAACCGACUGAACCGGCCUUUGACGCUGUGACACGUGCAUAUUAAACUGAUUCAAAACAUUUAAAGUUCAAAUUGUUUUACUGCUGCUAUGUUUAAAGCACUUGUCACUGUGUAUUUUAUUCUUAUUGUGCCUGUUAGUGUGACUUUACUCUGUUCUGAUGCUUUUAAAUGUCCAUUUUGUAAUGCAGUGCUUUACAAAAAAAAGGAACAGGAAGAUCUAUUUUUGCUUUAGAAGAAAAUAACUGGAUAAAGAAUAAAUUAAGCAUCAAAAACAGUCAGACAUUGAUCAAUGAUUGUAGAAAUAUUGAUAAUAUUUGGUUAGUAUUUUUCUGUGUGUGAACAUUGCAUGAUGCAAUUAACAUUUAACUCAUAAUUUAUGUUGUGAUGUUAGGAAGUUUGUGGUUUAUAUUCUAAUUUAUUUUUUAAUAAAGUUAUAUUUAUUUUUACCUCAUUAUCUAUCGUGAUUCAUCUGUUUCUGACCCUCAGCUCGGAAUCAAAGCUUUAUUAUAACACUAUGACUCUGUGACACACACACACACACAGCUGUCACUUUGUUACAGCACUUCACUAAAUGUUUUCUUCUGUUUUUAACUGUUUUAUCCUUUUUUUAAUUGAACUGUUGUGCUUUUAACCUGUAGCACUUUGAGAUGUCCUUUAAUGUAAAGUGCAUUAUAAAUAAAAUGCAUUAUUAUGUUUAUGGCGCUUAAAGUGCCGUCUCAGUUUAAAUUGUGAAAAUGUGAAUAAAGCUUUGUA